UGUUGUUGGCUGAUGGUAACGUUUGUUGGAUAAUCCCAAAAGUGUGACUGAAAACAGAGCAACUGUUUCAUCACACCAAUGAAACCCACAUUUGAUUGGCUGGUAAAUUCAGAGGAGUGAUGAUGUCAGCAAAAGCAGCCUUUAUCAAAAGUAAGGAGCCUGAUUCUCUUCUUAUAUUUAUCCUCCGAAACGUGACCGCCAGGAGAGGAGUCAGGACAAACCAGUGAGGAGUGAGUGAUUUGUCCAAAGCACGCACACAGUUUGUUUUCAUUUAGCUGAGCAUGAAUAACUGAACUGUUUAUUUUGUUUCAUAUCAGAACAUGAGUUUAAAUUGUGUUUUGUGCUGGGUUUACUGGGUUUAUGGACUGAUUGAUUUAGAGAAAUUUGAUCUUCUGACUAAACCGAUGACAUUUUUGUGACAUCGUCAGUUCAUUUCCGUUAAUAUUUCUCAUCCAAAAGAAGUUUUAGGAGAAAAGAAAAGUUUUCUAACAGAGUGUAUUGAUUGAAUAUUACAAACUUGGAUUUAUGUAAAUUGAAUAAUAAACACUGAUAAGGGUAAGUACAUGUAAAUUGAACAUUACAUCAUUGUGCAAAAUUCUCCAUCUCUUUUAUGUCCUUAUGGAUUCUCGGGAAACCGAUCCAUACGUAAGAACAAGUUGACCUGUUGACCUGAUUGAGCAAAACCAAUGUGGUUUUUGGGUUCAGCACAUCAAAACAACCCUAAAACAGAUGAAGAAACCCCAGACGUUUUUUCUGGUUGUUGAUCAGAGCGAUGCGUGUUUGUCCUGUAUUUUCAGAAAACUGAACUGGAGCCACAGGAAUGAACGGCACGGAAAGUCCAAGCAGGAUCCAGAUCCAUGUAUCCGUCAGGGUUCUGCUGACUGUGCUCCCAUGCCUCUUUUUCUUGUACGUUAACAGCGUCAUGCUGUUCGCCCUGGUGAAAAAGCCCCUGCUUCUGGAGUCACCCCGUUACAUCCUGUUUGGGCAUUUGCUCUUCUCCGACUUCCUCCAGGUCCUACUGACCACGCUGCUCUACAUAUUCGCUCUGACCAUGGUCAGAAUCAUCACUUGCGCUUGCAUUUUCCUCAUCCAGUUCACAGCCAUCACCGUGAAGAUGUCCCCCAUCAACCUGGCUGUCAUGUCUUUGGAGAGGUUCGUUGCCAUUUGUUUCCCGCUGAGGCACGCCGCCAUUGCAACCUCCAGGGUGACGCGUGGCGCCAUCGCUGUGAUGUGGACCGUGGCCUCUUUGGACUCUUUCACGCAGCUCUGUCUGUUUUUCAGCAUCGGCAACAGAAGCCUCACCGCUCAGCAGGUCUGCAGGAAAAAGACGGUGUUUCAGCUGCAGGUUUACGUGAUUGUGAACCAGGUUUUCACAGUCGCAAAUUUCGUCCUGGUUACCGUUAUUAUCAUUUACACUUACAUUGCCACCAUGGUGGCGGUGAAGUGCGGCUCUUCGUGCGCUCACAAGGCCAAAGUGGCGCACCAAACCGUGAUCCUGCAUGCGCUGCAGCUGUGCCUGUAUCUCAUCUCCACCCUGUUUAACAUGAUAAACUCCAGCGACCUGUUUAACUUGGACCCAGGCGUUGCUCUUUACGUCAACCACACGCUCUUUUUAGGGCUAAUCAUUUUCCCCAAGUUUUUGAGCCCGCUCUUAUACGGCCUUAAAGAUCAGACGUUCAAACACGUCUUCAAAUACUACUUUACCUUUGGCUACAGAUCUUCAGUAGAGCCGUAUCCCAAGCCUUGAUCACUAAUUGGAAUAAGUUGUGUUUUAAUUUGCAUAGUGCAUGAAAA